AUGAAUUCUAAAGACAGCUAAGAAUUUGGAGAGCUGGGAUAUUUAUUUUAAGAAAAAGAUGAUCAUGAUGAUGACGCAAUUACACUCCUUUAGGAGACUGUUUAACUUGAUCCUAAAGACAGCUAGGCAUUUAGACAGCUGGGAUAUUAAUUUCUGAAAAAAUAAAUGUAUGAUGAUGCUAUAACAUUAUUUUAGAAAGCUAUUUAACUUGAUGAUAAAGACAGCUGGGCAUUUGGAAAGCUGGGAUAUUCAUUUCUAAAAAAAAAAAUGUAUGAUGAUGCUAUUACAUUCUUCUAGAAAGCUAUUUAACUUAAUGAUAAAGACAGCUGGGCAUUUGGAAAGCUGGGAUAUUCAUUUCUAAAAAAAAAAAUGUAUGAUGAUGCUUUUACAUUCUUCUAGAAGGCUGCUUAACUUGAUCCUUAAGACAGCUCGGCAUUUGCAAAUCUGGGAUAUUUAUUUUAUAAAAAAGAAAUGUAUGAUGAUGCUAUUACAUUCUUCUAGAAGGCUGUUUAACUUGAUCCUAAGUGCAGCUGGGCAUUUGGAAGGAUGGGAUACGUAUUUCUGAAAAGAGAAAUGAAUGAUGAUGCAAUUAGUUUCUUCUAGAAGUCAGUUUAACUUGAUCCUAAGGACAGCUGGGCAUUUGGAUAGCUGGGAUAUUUAUUUCUGAAAAAAGAAAUGUAUGAUUAUGCUAUUAAAUUCUUAAAGAAGGCUGUUUAACUUAAUCCUAAAGACAGCUAGGCACUUGGAAAGCUCGGUUAUACAUUUCUGAAAAAAUAAAUGUAUGAUUAUGCUAUUAAAUUCUUAAAGAAGACUGUUUUACUUUAUCCUAAGGACAGCUGGGCACUUGGAAAGCUGGGUUAUUCAUUUCUGAAAAAAGAAAUGUAUGAUGAUGCUAUUACAUUCUUCUAGAAAUCUAUUUAACUUAAUGAUAAAGACAGCUGGGCAUUUGGAAAGCUGGGAUAUUCAUUUCUGAAAAAAUAAAUGUAUGAUGAUGCUAUUACAUUCUUCUAGAAAGCUAUUUAACUUAAUGAUAAAGACAGCUGGGCAUUUGGAAAGCUGGGAUAUUCAUUUCUGAAAAAAGAAAUGUAUGAUGAUGCUAUUACAUUCCUCUAGAAGGCUGCUUAACUUGAUCCUAAAGACAGCUUGGCAUUUGCAAAUCUGGGAUAUUCAUUUAUGAAAAAAGAAAUGUAUGAUGAUGCUAUUAAAUUCUUCUAGAAGGCUGUUUAACUUGAUCCUAAGUGCAGCUGGGCAUUUGGAAGGAUGGGAUACGUAUUUCUGAAAAAAGAAAUGAAUGAUGCUGCAAUUACUUUCUUCUAGAAGACAGUUUAACUUGAUCCUAAGGACAGCUGGGCAUUUGAAUAGCUGGGAUAUUUAUUUCUGUAAAAAGAAAUGUAUGAUUAUGCUAUUAAAUUCUUAAAGAAGGCUGUUUAACUUGAUCCUAAAGUUAGCAAUGCACCUUUAAAUCUAAGAAUGGCAUUUUACAAAAAAAGAAGGUACCAACAUUCAAUUAUAUAUUUCAAGAAGUGUAUUUAAAUUGAUCCAAAAGUUAUGGUGAACCAUUUUAACCUUUCUCUUGAUUUUGAGUUUAAAAAAAUAUACAAACAUGCAAUUAAAUCAUCAAAAGAGGGUUUAAAAAACAAUCCUUAAGAUAGCAAAACACUAUAAUUGUAAAAAUCUUUAAAAAGCUAGAUUUGA